CUCUGCAGCAGAUUGGCCCUCCAGGGAAAGAUUUGAGGAACCCUGGCCUAGUUUAACCACGGUAUUUGUAGUAAAACUGUGGUUAUACAAAUGGUAGUCAAUAUGCCAAAAAAAAAAAACAUGGUUACUACAAUUUUACUAUAAUAAAACCAUGGUUAAAUUUCGAAAUAUGUUGAAGUUCGUGAAUCUUUUAUGUGAAAUUAAAAUGUUUCGUGAUAAAACUACUUGCGUGACGUUGAAACGAACAGAAAGAGUCACUAAAUGAAUCAGUGAACGAUUCUGUAUGAAUCCUUUUAGUGUUUCGAAUCAAAUGAUUCACUUGAUGAAUCACUCCCUAACACUAUUAUAGUGACUUAACCUUCUUAAACUGUUAAACGCAAAAACAUAGUUCGUCAGCUUAGAUUUCAAGGCUGGGACACACGUUUAGUCUGUUUUAUAAAGUCAGUCAGCCAUAUAGUAACAGAAAAUGGACACAAAAUCCAACAUGUUUUGAUUUGUUAUUGUCAAGACAUUCACUGCCUCAGCAGCUGUGAAGAAGCUGUUGGACUGGCUCUUAUAAAGCCUCUAGUCUUACGCCGCUGGAUCUUAAAGCCCGCCUUGUUUUUCAGGGUAAUGCUUUGUCAAGGGAAAAGUGGACUGGAAAUCUCUUGCAAGGGAAUUCGAUACUUUAAAUAAGACUCGACUUUACCCAACACCGAACGAGCAAACAAGCAAGCGAGGCGUUGGUAGACUUUAAAGUCUUAAAAGAGAAAACUAUGGCCGAAACGAACCAGACCGAGGUGUAUGUUUACGAACAGGUUGUUAUCCUAACAUCCUGUGUACUUUCGUUUUUUGGGUCACUUUUAAUCAUAUGCACAUAUGCAAUAUGGCACGAUCUGAGAACUACACCGAGAAAACUGCUCGUGUAUCUGUCUGUCACUGACCUUCUGUCUGCACUCUCUUACUUUUACGGAGUUUUGAGGAGUUUUGCCUCUGAAUCUGGGGAUUGUAUUGCGCAAGGAGCAAUUUCCACAUUCGCCAACACAAGCUCAUUCUUCUGGACCGUGGCUAUUGCUAUUUACUUAUACGUUUUUAUUGUGAAGUCCAGCCAGAGACAGGCCGACAACUUGGUGCUGUAUUUUCAUCUUAUCAGCUGGGGUAUUCCUUUCGCCAUCACUGUGGCAGCCCUGUUCCUGCACAAGAUCGGCUAUGACGCCUCAGUAGUGUCUGUUGGCUGGUGCUGGGUGAACAUCCAGGCUGAAGACCAUGUGCUGUGGAUGCUGCUCACAGGAAAGAUCUGGGAGUUCAUUGCCUACGUCACACUGCCAGUCCUGUACAUCCUUAUAAAGAUACACAUUCACAAUGCACAUGUGGCCCUGUCCGAGUACCGUCCCAUCCUGACCAGCAGCCCUGUCUCUCACUCGCUGUCUUCCAUGGCAGACAGGAAGCUCACCCUCAUCCCCAUCAUCUUCAUCAUGCUCCGCAUGUGGAGCACCAUCCGCUUCCUGCUCCUGCUGACCGACUCCAAUGCAGGACACAACCCAGUGCUGGUCACCUUGCAUGGAAUUGGAAACACCUUUCAAGGAGCGGCGAACUGCAUCAUGUUCGUGCUGUUUACUCCCUCAAUUCGAUCACGACUGGUGGCUCUGCUGUGCUGCAGAGGUCAGGACAGACACCAGCAAAUAGAAUCAGUGUCUCAGAAUAGGGCAAGUGCAUAUACGCCUUCACACAGGGAGGAAAACACCAACCCCCAAACCUGGGAGAACAGUAAGAGCUAAAAGCUGCUAAGAUCCUCCAUCUGCUGCAGCACAUUCAAUUCUAUUUGAAUGGAGUGAAAGCUCUGACUUUACAGCUCACUGUUGUGGUUGUUGGCGUUACAUCAGAGCCUUACACUCAGCCUUCUUGUUUGACCAAGUGCCUUCACGGAUUACAGGGGACUUCGGUCACAUGCACAAAACCCGCAGAGCAUGGAACACAAACGCACUUUCUGUUACCGGUUUAGCUCAGCACUUUAGGCGAGAGGCUUUCUGUCUUCCAAAUCUGUUUUCAUUCUGCUGCCGCAGAUAUCUCAUGUUCAUUUAAAUAGAAAUGAGAUCUGUAGCUCAGGGGAAGCGAGGAAUACAGCAGUUUAUUAUCUAGUGACCAAAAUGGCAAAUGUACUGUGAAGUGUUUUUACAAGGGAUUUCUUCCCUCUUUCUCCCAACAAAGCAUUCUUAAUGCGAUGUUAUUGCUUUACAUUACAUUUAAUAUGUAUUGUUAAACCAUGAAUUAUGUUUAUUAUGUGCUGUAUUUAUAUGUACAAAUAUAUAGUAUUGCUUUUGCCCUAUAUGUAUGUAUUAUGUUAUUAUCUGUUGUUAUUCUUUUUUUCACUUUUCUCUGUAUAGAGUCACAUGCACCUAGUCACAACAUGCACAUUUAUUGUUAUUUCAUACAAUGCCUUAAAAAUAUCUAUGACACAAUGGGGAAGAAGUGCCUUUUAAUAUUUGUAUAUUAUAAAUUAUGUAGUUAUGAAUUUGUAUUAUAGUUAUAUUUUAUCAACACAUCAAUUAAUUUCAAUAAAACGAUUCAUUACCUUUCAAA